UAUUUCCAGAUAAUUAUUUUCUUGCUGGGUAAAAUUCGACUCCUCACUUUGGGAAAAUUGUGAGUUUACAAGGAAAGAUGGGAAGGAAACCAUGUUGUGAGAAAGUAGGGCUGAAGAAAGGGCCAUGGACAGCUGAGGAAGAUAAGAAGCUGGUCACCUUCAUCCUCACCAAUGGCCAAUGCUGCUGGCGAACUCUUCCUAAACUUGCAGGUUUGUUAAGGUGCGGCAAGAGUUGCAGGCUGAGGUGGACUAAUUACUUAAGGCCAGACCUUAAAAGAGGACUUUUAUCUGAAGAUGAAGAGCAAAUGGUGAUUGAUCUCCAUGCUCAACUUGGCAACAGAUGGUCUAAGAUUGCUUCUCAUCUCCCUGGAAGAACUGAUAAUGAGAUCAAGAACCACUGGAACACUCACAUCAAGAAGAAGCUGAGGAAAAUGGGCAUCGAUCCUCUCACCCACAAGCCAUUAUCAACAGCUGAAGAACAGCAGGAGAAAAAGAAGCAAGUUUCCAAGGAGCCUGAACCAAAAGAGGAAGAUAAGACCAUGACCAGAACAUUAUUUGACCCAAUGGCAAUGAUGAAUAAUGAUAAUAUUGAUGGUUUUUCCAUUGAUGAAGUUCCAUUGAUUGAACCCUAUGAAAUCUUGGUCCCUGCUGCUCCAUCCACUUCUUCUUCAUCAUCAUCAUCAUCAUCGUGUUCUUCUUCUGCUACAAAUUCUUCCAAGUUCCUCGAAGAUUUGCACUACUUUCCUGUUGAUUUUGAAUGGCCCUCUGACCACACCACCACCGAUACUGAUAGCAACAAUUUGAGGCUGUGGAAUAUUGAUGACUUCAGCAGCUGGGAUUUGCUAAUCAAUAAUGAUGAUGAUAGUGAUAGGGAGCCAGCUCUUCAUUCAUUACCAUCUCCUCUAAUUCAGAACCCAACUAUGGGUGUUGAUUAUGACUCUUGGACAUAUGAACUUUUAUAAUUUUAUUCUGAUUUU